CACGAGCGAUAUACUGCCCUGUUAUCUGGAGGUUUGUGUUACAGCGAGUGGGGUAAUUGUGUUGCAUUAUUGUAAUAAUAAUCAGGGAAAUAUAUUUUUUUAAGGGCAUACGUAACGGUGACCUCUGAUCUUGAUCUUUGUGGUCUGAGACUCCCUCAUAAUACACCACAAACAUGGCAAGAAUUGGCAGGCUGUCUACCAAAGGCUCAGUGCUGCUGCUGUGUGACAUUCAGGAGAAGUUCAGACCCAAUAUUUUCCAGUUCACAAACAUUGUGAGCAAUGCAGCAAGAUUGCUACAGGCAUGCCGAAUCUUGCACAUCCCUCAGAUUUUAACCGAGCAGUACCCUAAAGGUCUGGGCCCUACUGUUCCUGAGCUGGGGGCCGAGGGCCUGAAGCCUCAUACAAAGACCAGUUUCUCCAUGCUGACGGACAGUGUCGAAAGCUCACUCAAGAGCUUGGGAGACCCUCAGCAAGUUAUACUAUGUGGCAUCGAGGCUCAAGCGUGCAUUGCGUGUACAACCUAUGAUCUUCUGGAGCGAGGCAUGGAGGUCCAUAUUGUGGCAGAUGCCGUCUCCUCUCGGAGUCAUACGGAUCGUCUUUUUGCACUGUCACGACUGAAGCAGAGUGGGGCGUUUCUCACCACUACUGAGGGAGUUUUAUUACAACUAGUGCAGGAUGCCAAACACCCUAACUUUAAAGAGAUCCAGAAGCUCUUGGCUCACCCCUCCCCUGAUACAGGCCUGCUGUCCUUCUUCAGCUCUCUAUAGGGCCAGUCGCACACCACACCCUGCAUACAUAAUUACAUAAAUUAUAAAAUAAAAUCAACACAGCUGCUCUCU